AUUAAAUAAUUUCUUUGCCCCUUUCCAAUUCCCCCUAAUUUACCUCUUGGGUACAGUCUAGGGCUUCUGCAACGCUCCUCCAGGAGGCAUCGAUCUGCAAGUUACAGGGGAAGAAGCUUAAACCAUGGGAAAGAGGAAGUCAAGGGCAAAGCCUGCUCCUACAAAGCGGAUGGACAAGCUUGAUACAGUAUUCAGCUGUCCCUUCUGCAACCAUGGAACCAGUGUCGAAUGCCGGAUUGAUAUGAAGAACUUGAUCGGUGAAGCCUCUUGUAGAAUCUGUCAAGAAAGCUUUAGCACUACUGUCACAGCUCUGACCGAACCAAUAGACAUCUACAGCGAAUGGAUUGAUGAAUGUGAGAGGGUCAACACCAUUGAAGACGAAGUCGAGCAAGAAGAGGAAGAAGAGGAGGAAGAAGAUCACGUGCCUGUCAAGAGGAAGUACAACUAUUGAUCUCGUGUCUUUACCAAUGUCUUCUUGUAAGUAAAACCUUAGAUUCUCUUGGUGUUGCUUAUGUGUUAUAAAGGCGCAUCUCUGCUACCUGAUCUCUAUCCUGAUCUCUAUCCAUGUUAACAGUUAAAAACCACCACAUUUGUCUUAUGAUGUUGCUUGUAAAACCAAAACCUGUGUUUAAUGACUUAAUCUUAAAAAUGUCUCAUCA